AUGAAUAUCUCUUUUGGCACAUUCUGCCUACUACUACUUGCUAAUGUCAUUUAUGCAAAAGAAAUCUCAGGUAUUUUCACAUCUGUAGAUCCUAUCACGUUCACAAACAGUGGCAAUUAUCGUGCCAGUGAACCAGAAUCCUUGCUGUGGUAUGCUAAGAUUUAUUGGAGUAUUGAUGGAUCAACCAUGAGUCCAGGAGACACGUUCGCGUUGCACAUGCCUUACGUGUAUAAAUUUUCAGCUACAACUACCACUAUCAACUUAGUAUCUGGAAGUACACCACUUGCUACAUGUACGUACUAUUCCGGAGGUUCAGUGGUCAACUAUUGUGAACUUCAAUGUGUAAUUUCCAGCACUUUGACCAGCUCAGCUAGGGGAGAAGGAUCUAUUACCGUACCAUUUAGUUUCAAUGAUGGGUGGGGUCAUCUGGAUAUUGAUUUAUUGGGAGCAAAUGAAUUUGAAGUGGGUAAUAAUACGGUAGUAUGGACAGAUGGUAACAACCAAUUAUCCACCUAUGUUGUAUUUCAAUCUCACCCUAAUACUCCAACGGCGUAUAUAUCACCAAGCACACUUAUGGUUGCCGCAAGGUAUGACCCACCAACUGGUAGAGGGAGAUAUCAGAUGGUUGGUGGAAGUUGUGGGUCUAAUGGGAUUUCAAGUGGUACCUUUGGUUUCACUUUUAAUUUAAAUACAAUUGACUGUACAACAGCCUUCGUGGGAAUGACUGACGAUUUAAAUCCUUGGUUUAAACCAAAGUCAUAUAAAGAUUUUACUUAUACUGGAGAAUGUCUGUCCUCGUCAUUUGUUGUUAAAUUUCAAAAUCUCCCUGCUGGUAAUAGAUUGGUUAUGGACUUAUUUGUAAAGCAAUCAAAAGGCUAUGGAGAUACUGACUACAUAAAUGAAUACAUCUGUCAAGGUUCCAACAGCAUUACCAAUGGUACAGAAACCCUCGAAUGGUUACCCCCUUUAUCAGGGAACCCCGAAGGGGCUGGACAUAACGUUGUGUUACUAACAACAACCUGGACUAGAAGUGACACAGAAGUUUCCACAUUGCCAUACUCUUCGACAGCCGGUUAUACGGAGACAAUAAUAAUUCAAAAGCCAGUACCUACUCUCACAACUACAUUGAAUGGAACGGGUACCACCACAUCCUAUUCAACAAUCACAGCAACUCCAGGUGAGACUGGAACAGUACUAGUGUAUACUCCUCCACAUUUAAUCAGCAUCACUACUCCAUGGACCGGAACUACCACCUCAUACAGUACCAUCACUCCAUCCAAUUCCGAUGGAACCACCACGAUUGAAGUCUACAGUCCUCCACAUGUAACCAGUGUCACUACUCCAUGGACCGGAACUACCACCUCCUACAGUACCAUCACUCCCUCGAACUCCGAUGGAACCACCACUAUUGAGGUCUACAGUCCUCCACAUGUAACCAGUGUCACUACUCCAUGGACCGGAACUACCACCUCAUACAGUACCAUCACUCCAUCGAACUCCGAUGGAACCACUACUAUUGAGGUCUACAGUCCUCCACAUGUAACCAGUGUCACUACUCCAUGGACCGGAACUACCACCUCCUACAGUACCAUCACUCCAUCCAACUCCGAUGGAACCACCACGAUUGAAGUCUACAGUCCUCCACAUGUAACCAGUGUCACUACUCCAUGGACGGGAACUACCACCUCCUACAGUACCAUCACUCCAUCCAAUUCGGAUGGUACUACUACUAUUGAGGUCUACACUCCAAACCAUGUUACUGAAGUAACAACUCCAUGGACUGGAACUACCACCUCCUACAGUACCAUCACUCCAUCUAACUCCGACGGAACCACUACUAUUGAGGUCUACAGUCCUCCACAUGUAACCAGUGUCACUACUCCAUGGACCGGAACUACCACGUCGUACAGUACCAUCACUCCAUCCAAUUCGGAUGGAACCACUACUAUUGAAGUCUACAGUCCUCCACAUGUAACCAGUGUCACUACUCCAUGGACCGGAACUACCACCUCAUACAGUACCAUCACUCCAUCCAACUCCGAUGGAACCACCACGAUUGAAGUCUACAGUCCUCCACAUGUAACCAGUGUCACUACUCCAUGGACGGGAACUACCACCUCCUACAGUACCAUCACUCCAUCCAAUUCGGAUGGUACUACUACUAUUGAGGUCUACACUCCAAACCAUGUUACUGAAGUAACAACUCCAUGGACUGGAACUACCACCUCCUACAGUACCAUCACUCCAUCUAACUCCGACGGAACCACUACUAUUGAGGUCUACACUCCAACCCACGUUACUGAAGUAACAACUCCAUGGACUGGAACUACCACCUCCUACAGUACCAUCACUCCAUCUAACUCCGACGGAACCACCACUAUUGAGGUCUACAGUCCUCCACAUGUAACCAGUGUCACUACUCCAUGGACCGGAACUACCACCUCAUACAGUACCAUCACUCCAUCCAACUCCGAUGAGUACCAUCACUCCCUCGAACUCCGAUGGAACCACUACUAUUGAGGUCUACAGUCCUCCACAUGUAACCAGUGUCACUACUCCAUGGACCGGAACUACCACCUCCUACAGUACCAUCACUCCAUCUAACUCCGACGGAACCACUACUAUUGACGUCUACACUCCAACCCAUGUUACUGAAGUAACUACUCCAUGGACCGGAACUACCACGUCGUACAGUACCAUCACUCCAUCCAAUUCGGAUGGAACCACCACGAUUGAAGUCUACAGUCCUCCACAUGUAACCAGUGUCACAACUCCAUGGACGGGAACUACCACCUCAUACAGUACCAUCACUCCAUCGAACUCCGAUGGAACCACCACUAUUGAGGUCUACAGUCCUCCACAUGUAACCAGUGUCACUACUCCAUGGACGGGAACUACCACCUCAUACAGUACCAUCACUCCAUCCAAUUCCGAUGGAACCACCACGAUUGAAGUCUACAGUCCUCCACAUGUAACCAGUGUCACUACUCCAUGGACCGGAACUACCACCUCAUACAGUACCAUCACUCCAUCCAAUUCGGAUGGAACCACCACGAUUGAAGUCUACAGUCCUCCACAUGUAACCAGUGUCACUACUCCAUGGACCGGAACUACCACCUCCUACAGUACCAUCACUCCAUCCAAUUCGGAUGGUACUACUACUAUUGAGGUCUACACUCCAAACCAUGUUACUGAAGUAACAACUCCAUGGACUGGAACUACCACCUCCUACAGUACCAUCACUCCAUCGAACUCCGAUGGAACCACUACUAUUGAGGUCUACACUCCAACCCACGUCACUGAAGUAACUACUCCAUGGACUGGAACUACCACCUCCUACAGUACCAUCACUCCAUCUAACUCCGACGGAACCACUACUAUUGAGGUCUACACUCCAACCCACGUCACUGAAGUAACUACUCCAUGGACUGGAACUACCACCUCCUACAGUACCAUCACUCCAUCUAACUCCGACGGAACCACUACUAUUGAGGUCUACACUCCAACCCACGUCACUGAAGUAACUACUCCAUGGACUGGAACUACCACCUCCUACAGUACCAUCACUCCAUCUAACUCCGACGGAACCACUACUAUUGAGGUCUACACUCCAACCCAUGUUACUGAAGUAACUACUCCAUGGACCGGAACUACCACCUCCUACAGUACCAUCACUCCCUCGAACUCCGAUGGAACCACCACUAUUGAGGUCUACAGUCCUCCACAUGUAACCAGUGUCACUACUCCAUGGACCGGAACUACCACCUCAUACAGUACCAUCACUCCAUCCAAUUCCGAUGGAACCACCACGAUUGAAGUCUACAGUCCUCCACAUGUAACCAGUGUCACUACUCCAUGGACCGGAACUACCACCUCAUACAGUACCAUCACUCCAUCGAACUCCGAUGGAACCACUACUAUUGAGGUCUACAGUCCUCCACAUGUAACCAGUGUCACUACUCCAUGGACCGGAACUACCACCUCCUACAGUACCAUCACUCCCUCGAACUCCGAUGGAACCACCACUAUUGAGGUCUACAGUCCUCCACAUGUAACCAGUGUCACUACUCCAUGGACCGGAACUACCACCUCCUACAGUACCAUCACUCCAUCUAACUCCGACGGAACCACUACUAUUGACGUCUACACUCCAACCCAUGUUACUGAAGUAACUACUCCAUGGACCGGAACUACCACGUCGUACAGUACCAUCACUCCCUCGAACUCCGAUGGAACCACCACUAUUGAGGUCUACAGUCCUCCACAUGUAACCAGUGUCACUACUCCAUGGACCGGAACUACCACGUCGUACAGUACCAUCACUCCAUCCAAUUCCGAUGGAACCACCACGAUUGAAGUCUACAGUCCUCCACAUGUAACCAGUGUCACUACUCCAUGGACCGGAACUACCACCUCAUACAGUACCAUCACUCCCUCGAACUCCGAUGGAACCACCACUAUUGAGGUCUACACUCCAACCCACGUCACUGAAGUAACAACUCCAUGGACUGGAACUACCACCUCCUACAGUACCAUCACUCCCUCGAACUCCGAUGGAACCACUACUAUUGAGGUCUACACUCCAACCCACGUCACUGAAGUAACAACUCCAUGGACUGGAACUACCACCUCCUACAGUACCAUCACUCCCUCGAACUCCGAUGGAACCACUACUAUUGAGGUCUACACUCCAACCCACGUCACUGAAGUAACAACUCCAUGGACUGGAACUACCACCUCCUACAGUACCAUCACUCCAUCUAACUCCGACGGAACCACUACUAUUGAGGUCUACACUCCAACCCACGUCACUGAAGUAACAACUCCAUGGACUGGAACUACCACCUCCUACAGUACCAUCACUCCAUCUAACUCCGACGGAACCACUACUAUUGAGGUCUACACUCCAACCCACGUCACUGAAGUAACAACUCCAUGGACUGGAACUACCACCUCCUACAGUACCAUCACUCCCUCGAACUCCGAUGGAACCACCACUAUUGAGGUCUACAGUCCUCCACAUGUAACCAGUGUCACUACUCCAUGGACCGGAACUACCACGUCGUACAGUACCAUCACUCCAUCCAAUUCCGAUGGAACCACCACGAUUGAAGUCUACAGUCCUCCACAUGUAACCAGUGUCACUACUCCAUGGACCGGAACUACCACCUCAUACAGUACCAUCACUCCCUCGAACUCCGAUGGAACCACCACUAUUGAGGUCUACACUCCAACCCACGUCACUGAAGUAACAACUCCAUGGACUGGAACUACCACCUCCUACAGUACCAUCACUCCCUCGAACUCCGAUGGAACCACUACUAUUGAGGUCUACACUCCAACCCACGUCACUGAAGUAACAACUCCAUGGACUGGAACUACCACCUCCUACAGUACCAUCACUCCCUCGAACUCCGAUGGAACCACUACUAUUGAGGUCUACACUCCAACCCACGUCACUGAAGUAACAACUCCAUGGACUGGAACUACCACCUCCUACAGUACCAUCACUCCAUCUAACUCCGACGGAACCACUACUAUUGAGGUCUACACUCCAACCCACGUCACUGAAGUAACAACUCCAUGGACUGGAACUACCACCUCCUACAGUACCAUCACUCCAUCUAACUCCGACGGAACCACUACUAUUGAGGUCUACACUCCAACCCACGUCACUGAAGUAACAACUCCAUGGACCGGAACUACCACCUCCUACAGUACCAUCACUCCAUCUAACUCCGAUGGUACUACUACCCUGGACACUACCCAAACAUCCAUUAUGUUGUCUACUGGAUCAUCGUUUACAUUUUCAUGGUCGAAUUCAUCGUAUUCUGUUCAUAAAACUACGCAGUUGUCAACUACACCUACUACCAUUUCUGCCCUGACCUCUUUUGUUUUUCUGUCUACAAGAGGAAUGGAAUCUUUAGGAAGUACCGGAUCUGCCACUCCUUCCUCUGUGUAUGUACACAGUGAAUCCUUGACACCUAAGCUGCAGUAUUUGAGCUCAUUAUCAAGUAGCAAUGACGUUCCAAGUGCCUCACAAGGAACCAGCAACACAUUGAGUGGUGACAUUGCGUCUACCAAGACUGUUCCAUCUACAACUGUUGUAACGAUUACUUCCUGUUCUGAGGGGAUCUGUACUGCCAUUCCUGUUACAACAGGUCAGUUAUUGGUAACUACGUCCGUUGACAAUACUAUUUCAGUUUAUACUACGUAUUGUCCAUUGUCGGAGCCAGCUACUGCAGCUGAUCUGAGCACUCUAUUAGUUCGAAGCUCGAUGACAGUAUCAGGGUUACAUACUACGGCUACCGUGGCUGCUAGUCUGUCCAAUCUAGAGUACCCCACAAUUGUACCCACCAACAACGCUGGUGUUUCCAGAAAGACUGGGGUAUCUGUUUCCCUUAGUUGUCUUGCAAUUAUUUCGUAUAUUUUGUUUUAA